GUCCGGUGUUGGGCGUGCAUCGGCAGAGCUGACUGUGACUGGUGGCCGACUGAAGGCAAAGAGGGAAGCGAAGCUUUGGGUGGGAGAGGAGAGGAGAGGAGAGGAGAGGAGAAGAGGGGAAGCCUAGCAGUAGCAGUAGCAGUAGCAGGGUUGACCGGAGCGGGAGUGGAGAGUAACCCCAACAACCCCACCUCCCCCCUCGCCUUCUUUCUUAUUGCCAUUUGCCACCACUCCACGUCUCCACCAAACAAGGCAACAAGGGGAGAGGAAGGAGAAGUAGAUCUGCAUCUGCGAGAGCGAGAGGAGGAGGAGGAGGAGGAGGAGGCAGCGGCGGUGGUGAUGAUGGAGAGCCAGCCGCUGCAGGACCCGACGGCCACGGCUCCGGCACCCGGAUCUGCGGAGCCAGCCGGAGCUCCGCCGGCCGUCACCCCCGGCAAGGAGUUCACGCGCACCUGCAAGGGCCUCGUCGUUGUGCUCAUCGGUGGAUACGUGCUGCUCCAGCUCCUCCCCUCGUCACUCAACUACCUCGCCAUCAUCCCCUCCAAGACAAUCCCCUAUGUAUGGACCGUCUUCACCGCUGGUUACAUCGAGCAAGUCCUCCCAGGGGCCAUUGGCAGUUCUCUUGGUCUUCUUUUUUGUGGAAAGGACAUUGAACCAGCAUGGGGCCGCAAGGAAUUCUUGAAGUUCAUUAUUUUGAUCAACUCCAUCUGUGGCAUUCUUGCGUUCUGCUUUGCUAUUGGACUCUACUAUGUCACUGGAAAGGAGAGCUUCCUGGUCACACCACUUUCUGGUUUCCACGGUUGCCUUGCUGGCUUUCUUGUGGCCCUGAAGCAACUCUUACCAAACCUUGAGCUUCCUAUGUGCUUUUUCUGGAAAAUAAAGGCAAAGUGGAUGCCAUUCUUUGUUGUAUGUUUCUCAAGUAUCAUGGCCUUCAUUGUGCCUGAUUCCAUUAACUUCUUGCCGACUUUGGUGUCCGGGAUGUAUGUUAGCUGGCUUUACCUAAGAUACUUCCAAAGGAACCCACUGACUGGACUUAAGGGUGAUCCCAGUGAUGACUUCUCCUUCCCCAGUUUAUUCCCAGCUGCCAUGAGACCAGUUACAGACCCUGUGGCCAACCUGUUUGAUAGGAUGUUGUGUGCAAGGUCUAGGCCUUCGGAAGUAGCUCUCCCAAUUUCAGAUCCUGCCAAGGCUUCAAGAAGAAGGGAGCGCGGCGAGAGGGUUCUUGAGGAAAGGUUGGCAGCUGACAAUGCUGGUGACACAGAAGCCACGCCUCAUGGCCACGGCACAGCCGAAGACUGAGAACUCUCUCACGACCAUCAGCGCCUUUUAUAGGAGUCAUGCCUGUCGCCCAUGGCUUUGCUCUCCAGCAUCGUAGCUCACCAGAUUUGUCUUGUGGAGAUGGAGAGUCAUUGAGUUUACAGCGAACCAAUAAUAUGUUCUUAAUUUCUCCUUGUUUUCAUUUAUCUGUUUGAUGAGAUUUAUUGGUUAAAUUUCUGUAGUAGUCGAUUGUUAUAACACAGUAAAAAGAAGAAGAAAAGGGUGGUGGCAUUUGCAGGAAUUGCAGCGAGAUGUUGAGAUUCCGUAGCGGUGAUGCAUUUGCAGCCGAUUGUUUGUUACUGGUCAAAUUCUGUAGUAGUCAUAUACUCUGUCUCUACUCAUAUAUAGAAAGAAGAAUGGCUUUGUCAGUAUCA